CAGAUAAUACAGAUUUGGAUAUAAGCGAUGAGAUGGAAGAAGUUCGCGAACUCUUGUACGAAUUAAUCAAAACAAAUUUUUCAUCGGGUGUUAUGGUAGAGCAUUUAGCCAAAAUAUAUAAGGAAAGGUUGCUCAAUUUCGAUUUUGUAUUUGUUUGA